AUGAUAUCCCUCUGUCAUGCGAAAUGUAUGAUAGUACAGCUCAAAGAAGAAAAUGGUAGCAUUUCCUUACCUACUACACAACGUGGGAUCAAAGGGAACAUUAUUGUUUAUCCCCAACAGCCUACAAAGGUGUCCAACAUGCUUCCUCCUUCAAUUGAGGAAAUUACUGCACCUUUGUGUAUUUUGUUCAUGGGCGCGCAGGCUCCAACAGUGGAGUGGUUACGAACUCGAGCAAAACCAUUAGCAGUCAAUGGCCGACGCGUUCGAAGGGCAUUACAGUGGCUAAAAAAGCAUAACCCUUUGUAUAAGGAUGUGAUCUUGAAUGAAGACAUGCUUACCUACCUCGAUACUGAGCCUGCUUUGCCCUUUUCUGUUCAACAUAUUCCAGUCUCUGAGCAGGCAGAAACUCUCACUUCAAGAUAUGAAGGGCCUAUUGAUUCUACUCGGAGAGGUGUUCCAAAAAAUGGACCAGCUCCAGAUGACACGCCAUUCGAACGAGUUGUAAUCACAGAUGUCGAUGUCAGCACGUUGUCGAAUAAGUUGAGAGCGGCUGCUUUGACGCAUGUCAAAUCCAAAGGAGGUGGAUAUAUCGAAAUUACACAUGAUCCCACUCCAGUAAACGAAUUCAACAAUCCAGACCUAUUCCUGAUGAUGUACCCCACUUUGUUUCCGUACGGUAUAGGAGGUUUGGAAGAUCACUCUCGAACGACACCGAUCAAAUUUCAAUCACAUGUCAAGCAUUUGAUGAGCAUGAAUGAUACCAGAUUUCAACAACACUACACCUUUAUGUUCACCGCAUUUAAUAUGGUCCAAUGUCGUAAAAUGUUGCUGCAUACGAGCCUGAAAGUUAAAAAGAAAAGUUUUCCAGAUGUUGCCCAGCAUUUUGGAUCUGUAUCUGCAGAGGCCAUAGUGGUUGUUUCCCAAUGA